AUGCAUUUACAGGCAGUGUUGAUAUCUGACUCCGACCUUCGCCCGAGUUCAUUGGAUCAGAACGGCGAUUCUGGUGGAGACCUGGAUGGUCUAGUGUAUCUGGACAUCCAUGGAGACUGGGAGACUGAGGCAGGGAGCCCGAGAGAGGAAAAAAUUGUUGAUGAGAAUGAUGACGGAGAUGGAAGGGCAAUGAGAGGAGCAAAUAGUGACGAUGAAAUGGAUGCUAAAGUUAGGUGUGGGUCUCAAGGCAGUAGUGACUCCUCUGGCAAUGACCAACAUUUGGUCGAAGCCUACCCAGGCCAACUUGAUUCACUCACCCGGUCUAACUAUAAGUUAGGAUCGGCUGGCAUGCAACUCCCGUUACUCCAGUCUUUUCAUAGCCAGCCAACUAGUUCUACCGAUCCUCAUCUCGCCGUUCGCCAGGUUGGCUAUGACCUAUCCAAGGCACCACAUCAUCACAUUGGCCAUACUCAUCACCGCAAUUAUGAGUUGCAGCAUCAUCAUCCGCAAAAACAGAGCCACCUUACUGGGCAUCAUGUGAGUGAUCAAAGCCAGCGACUUAGCGAAGAAAUUGUCAAUAGCGAAGAAGAGAAUUUGAGUGAGAAAGUUGAGGAAGAGGCGGAAAAAGAAGAGCGAUGUCGAAGACUGGAGAGUGAGGAAUCUAGUCAAGAAGAGGAAGAAGAGGAUCAGGAAGAAGGGGCCUGCGAAGAUGAUGUUGUUGAAGAGAAAGAGGAGGAAAAUCAGAAGCUUCACUCAACGAGAGCCAGAGGCCACUGUGUUAUGACUUCUAGGGCUGGCAUGGGUCGGCCUCAAACUUUGGAGGCUAGACAUUUGGUGCAGACUAAUUCAUGCCAGGAAUAUCAGCCUCGCUCUAGUCUACCCAUCACACCGAAGGCGGGCUUCACCCAUAGUGUACUCCAACAGCAUCUGCCUAGCCACAAGCUUCAGCAGCCCCAACACAAUCCUCGCCAAAAUCUGCGACAGCUUCAGCGUCGCCAGCCUCGGCAAAUACUACAAGCUGAAUCUGGUCAUCCAAAAGAGACGCAUCGCAAUACUAGAGCCACUUCGGUCGCUUCCACUACGUCUGCCACCAACUUGACUAUUACUACCUCUUGGCGGCCAUCUACUGCGCCUCAGCGCGGCUCUGCUGCUGCUGCGACUGUUUCCGUAGCUGCUCCCAGCUCAGCCCUAGCAACUGGCAAAAAGCAUCAUCCAGUCGCCAGGACGCGUAUCUCCCUGGUCGACCAACAGAAACAGCGCAUUGGCCAAACCCUGCCCGGCCAAAACUGCUUUCUUUCCAGAAAUCAGUCGGUUCUUCUAGGUAGCAAGUUGACGCCCUCACGGUAA